ACGCUUACGUCACGUCACAAGUAUACGCACCAAGUUCAAAGCUGGGUCAACAGUCAUAAUUCUGGCGCACAACGGCGGCAAAGCCCUCUCCCGCUCACCAAAUCCACCCCAAAGGCCAUAACUUCUCUUUCUCCAUAAACCCUAAAAAUCCAGACCACAAAAUUGGAAAAGUUUCCGUUCCGACGAAAGCAAGCAGCUUUUCCCAAAAUUCACACUCGUCGCGGGAUUUUCACACAGUAUCAGCAGUGGAUUCAGCUUCUUCACUGUUCAACGGGUCUGCAUAUUGGUGCUGAUGUUCGUUUUUAUACUUGCGAAGAACCUAAGAAGUUAGGGAGAUUUUAGAAGUCAUGAGUAACUGUGUUGAAUCAUGCAAUGGAGAUUUGGUGCAGCUUAGCAAUGGCGUGAAAGAAAAUGAUAAUCCGGAUCUUGGCCUUCUCCAGGAUUUGGAUUCUUAUUUGGAAGAAAUCAAUGACCGGUUGACCAUAUCGAGGGUGGUGAGUGACUCGGUCAUCAAGGGGAUCGUUAAUGCGGUAACACAAGAAGCAGCAGAGAAAAUUGCUCAGAAAGAACUAGAGGUGACUAAGCUGAAGGAAAUGUUACAUGUUCACAGCGUGGGUGGUGAUGAAAACGAAUUCUUACCCAUGGAGCGAGAAUCAAAAGUUACUGAAGACAGAUUUAUUAAAAAAGGUGCCAGAGGUGGCGUGUGUCCUAACUUUCUUGAAGCUGUCGUAGAGCAUGAUGGCAUAGAAAAAUCUUGGGGCAUCGUAAGAGGAACAACUAAAGAGCAGUUCAACAAGCUCAAGAAUGAAAUUGAUAGAAUUAGAGGGUGUAGUUCAAUCAAGAGGAUUGGUUCUGGUUCUCAGUUGUUGGGCUUGGGUGAUGUAUCUCACAGAUGGAUUGAUGUGGAUAGAUUGUUCGAUAGCCUGAAAGACACAGUUGAAACUGUCUUUCAACAGGUGGAAGAAAUGGUUAGCUCGGCAAAGGCAUCAGUCUGUGAAUGGCAGCAGGAGCAGGAUUUUAAAGCAGAAAUAGAAGCACUGGUGAUGAGGAAUUGUAUUUGGAGUAUUGAAGAAAAAAAUCGGGACCGGUUUUAUGGCAAUAAGAAUUUGAACUGGCAUGGAAGGAUGGAAGAGAUAUCAAGUUUACGUGAGGAAUUAGAUACCAUUUCUAAAUCACUAUCUGUUUCUGACAUUGGGCACCUAUCUUCUCACGGGUCCUUGGUAGUAGAUGAAGAGAGUAAUAAUCAUAAGAAGGGUGACCGUUCACACCACAGAUUUUUGAACAAUCUUAAAUCAUCGCCGUCAUUAUCAUUGAUAUCUUCAUCAAACUCAACAUCAACAUCAACAUCAACAUCAUCAUCUCUUUGGGAAGUGGAUGUCAACCUGCUUACGCAUAUGUCAACAGAUGAAUUGAAAAGCUAUUUGACUAAAUUGAAGAGAAGUCAUGAGUCUGAUGUGCUGGAUUUGACUGAGCAAAUUUACAGCCUGAUGAGAGAUUUUUUUAAAGAAAAGGGAUCCUCUUUGCCAUCAAAGAAAAGCAAGGAGUUUGACAUGUUGCGUAGGAGAAUCUCCGAGGUUAUUACCAAAUUAGAUGAAGUUCUUGUUGAAAAGGAGGAAGUUGCUACAUGUGGUAAUAAUGAAGAAAGUCUUAGCAGUUUGAAAGAGAGACUGGAAUUACUCAUUUCAGAAAACCACCACCUCAGAGAUUUGCUUGCAAAUAAGGAAAGGGAAGUUAAGUGUCUUUCACUUCAAGUUUCUGAAGCUGCUGAGAAAAUGUCAGAACACUCCAUGGCUGAGGCAAAGUUGUUAAAAACAACUGCAAAUCUUAAAUCAGCUGUAGAAGAUGCGGACAUUGAAGCUUUAAUUGUUGAAGAUACAUAUGCUUGUAUUCUCAGGGAAAUGAUGGAUCAAAUUAAAAGCAUUGCUGAAGAGUCGCUUGUGGAAAAUAUUUAUAUACAACAAAUUAACAAAAGUAUACUUAAAGAAGCUUCCCACAGUGCUCAACCUGCUAGCCAAUCUGAAAUUGAAGAUUUGAAUAUGGAGUACACUAUCAUGCAAGAACAUUUUGUACUUGUAUUCCAAGAAGCCAUGAAAGAUGCUGAGCAAAAUCUCAAGAACCUGAACGUGAAAUAUAGAGAAGAAAAUGAACUCCGGGUUUCGCUUGAGAUGGAAAAACUAGAAAAAGAGAAACAAUUUGAAGUUGAGGUUGCGAACAAAGAGAGAUUAAAGACAGAAAUAGCAUCUCUGUCAGAAGAGAAGGAGCAGUUGGCUCAUGAUGCAACAGCUGCAUUGGAAAACGAAAGGGAGCGAUAUGAAUUAGCCGCUCAGGAGCUACAUAAUUUAAAGGACGAGACAUGUCGGCUACUGAAAUUGAUUUCUGACAGCAUUGAAGAGUCAAAGGCAACCAAGCAGCACUUAAUUGAUGCAUUGGAGCAAAAUGAAAGAUAUAAGGCUGACGUGUGCAAGCUAGAUCAGAAGCUUGAACUAGCAAUGAAAGAGUUGCGCGAAGAGAGGAGAAAGCUUCUUGAUGCUAACCAAGAGAAGCAAAAUGUUGUUUCUUUGUUUGAAGCAAAAGAAAGGGAGCACAAGCAACAAUUGGAAUCAAUGGCUGUGCAUAUAUCGAAAGUGGUUGCUGAAUUUGAAUGUAGAGUAACACAAGAUAUUUCAGGGAAAUGUUCAAGGUUGAAGAAUUUGAGUUAUCAAUUGUGCUUUCUUAAACAAAAAGCUAAUGUCAUUGUAAGAAGAGGGUUGCUGUACCAGCAGAGACUUGAAAAGAAAUGUUCUGACCUGGAAAAGGCCGAAGCUGAGGUUGAUCUUUUGGGGGAUAAGGUGGAGACUCUAUUGAGCCUUGUUGAAAAAAUACACAUUGCCCUUGAUCAUUAUUCACCAGUUUUGAAGCAUUAUCCUGGAAUAACUGAAAUUUUGAAGCUGUUAAGGAGAGAAUUAACUGGAGAAACUAAAGCAGCUUGAUGCACCCCUUUGCCUUGGUAUACUCUUAAUGGUCUCGCAAUGCAUCUUUCGUGUGACGCAGUGUCAGCAGAGUAGUUGUCAGGCAAUUCAUCACAUUUGUCAAAACAGCCAUCCAAGAAAAAGUUGAUGAGCCAUAAGAGAUAUAAUCCCAUAUGAUAGACAUGUUGCAGAAGCAAAAUUUGACAAAGGAAUGAGAUGUGAAAUGGUUCGCAACCAAUACGGGCAAUGCGGAAAUAGGGAGCUUGGUUUUGUGAAGUACAGUUUUUACUCAGUUCUUUUUGUCUAGGAGCCGAGGUAAAACGUCGUCUGGAGUUGACCGCUAGUUCCUCCUCCUUCCAUGGUUGGAAGAAGUUGUUUUAGAGUUCACUUAGGUUUAGAGCUUGUUUUGUAUGUGUGCCAUAGCAAUACUACAUGUUUGUUUCAGCUGCGCUUUCUGUUGUAAAACUAAAACUCUCUUUCAUAAAAUAAAUUAAUUAAUUAAAACGAC